CACAAAAAGUUCCUCUUCUAACGGUACUACUAAUCAUUUAAUCCAUUCACACUUACUACUAUCUUUAGUAUGCAAUUGUUAGCUUUUAAAACAAGAUUAAGCAAUUUCCUAGUUCUUUUUCUUUUUAUCGAAAGCAAUUUCCUAGUUCUAUAUCUCUACUUUCUUCCCAAAAUUGUAAGCCUACAAGGCUGUCUUGUAAUAUUUUACAUGCUUUUAGUUGGAUACCUAGCGAAAGAAAAAAAAAGAUAUGCAAAGUAAUCAAUUUGUGGUGAAACAGAAAAUGUAUGAAGAUGUGAAGGAGAGAGUAGAACAUGUGGUGAGUACUGGCAAAGUUGAUCGAUAUCAGUUUCGUGAGGUCUUCGAUUUGUGGGACCAUAAAUUCACUUCUCAGGACCAUCCAAGUAUUAUUAAGGUGCUACAAAAUAACGCGACAGAGAUAAAGCCAAACCUAAUAUAUGUAUCAAGAGAGAAGAGUAGACCAACACCACAUCAUUUCAAAGCCGGUGGUCUUAAUACAUUGUUACGUGUAUCGUCGGUGAUGACAAAUUCACCAAUCAUUCUAACACUAGAUUGUGACAUGUACUCAAACAAUCCCACAACGCCUCUUCAUGCUUUGUGCUAUUUUUCAGAUCCUAAGAUUAAUUCCGGUUUAGGAUUUGUGCAAUUUCCUCAGAGAUUUCAAGGAAUAAACAAAAACGAUAUUUAUGCAUCAGAGCUCAUACAUCCGUUUGACAUCAAUAUGGUUGGGUAUGAUGGGCUUAUGGGUCCAAUUCACGUGGGCACUGGAUGCUUUUUCAAUCGACGAGCUUUCUAUGGGCCUCCGGCUAAUUUGAUUUUGCCUGAGUUAGAUGAACUUAGGCCUAAUAGGAUUGCGGAUAAACCCAUUAAGUCACAAAGUAUUUUGGCAUUGGCACACGAUGUGUCUGGAUGCAACUACGAGCACAACACCAAUUGGGGAUCCAAGAUUGGAUUCAGAUAUGGCUCGUUAGUAGAAGACUACUACACAGGGUUCAUGCUCCAUUGUGAAGGAUGGAGAUCAAUGUUUUGCAGACCCCAAAAAGCUGCUUUUUAUGGAAGUGCCCCAAAACGCCUAACAGAUGUAGUGUGGCAACAAAUGCGAUGGUCAAUUGGUCUUCUUGAAAUGGGCUUUUCAAGGUAUAGCCCAUUCACCUACGGUUUCAAGUCAUUGGGCCUGUUUACAGGCUUAGGCUAUUGCUACUAUGUGGUUUGGCCCUUUUGCUCAAUUCCUCUUACGGUUUACGGGAUUUUACCUCAGCUUGCCCUAAUAUAUGGGGUUAGAGUGUUCCCCAAGCCAUCAGACCAAUGGUUUUGGCUUUACAUCUUCUUGUACCUUGGUGCAUAUGCGCAAGAUCUAGCAGAUUUUUUGUUGGAAGGAGGAACUUGUCAGAAAUGGUGGAACGAUCAAAGAAUGUGGUUGAUAAGAGGACUCUCUUCAUUCUUCUUUGGUAUGAUAGAGUUCACUCUCAAAACCCUAAACCUCUCCACACCUGGAUUCAAUGUCACCAGUAAAGCCGACGGUGAUGAUGAACAGAAGAAGCGGUACGAGCAAGGGAUCUUCGAUUUUGGGCCCUCUUCGUCCAUUUUCUUGCCCUUGACCGUAGUGGCCGUCCUGAAUUUCUUUGCUUUCGCUUGGGGGCUUUAUUGCCUUUUCGCAUUGGGAGAAGGAGUCAGCCUUGAGCUGAUGCUUGCAAGCUUUGCGGUGGUGAAUAGCUUGCCUAUCUAUGAAGCCAUGGUGUUGAGGAAAGACGAUGGAAAAUUACAAAAAGGUAUUUGUUUCUUAGCUGGGAUGUCAACACUUGUUCUCAUUGUGGCAGGUUACUUUUUCCUCAAGUAACUUCAUCCGUUUAACGUUUUCGUUUAAACCAAUAAGUCCUCAAGCAGAAGACACAGAAAUAUGUAACCACUUUGUAAAUGUGAUGUAAUACAUUUUGGUCUCUUGCAUCAUCAAAAUCUAAUAAAAAUUGAAGAUUUACAA